AUGUUUCUCAAUACGAGACAUCUCUGGCUACAACAGGGCUCGUACGCCCUCAGACCAUUGCGUGCCUCGCCCAUAGGUCUCCGUGCCGCUUUUGUGCGGCUCAAUUCGCAGCUUCCCCAGGACUUCGACCCCAAAAAGAACCUUCCAUCUCUGGGCGAAUGGAAACACUUAAAACAACAUAUUCCAGGUGAGUCUGUACAGCGCAAUGAGCUCCGUGACCGGAUCCCGAUGUUUCCCUUGGGAAAAGAGAACGUUCCGACGCUUUUACCUCGGCCAGGAGUUCCGAGAGUGGGACCUAAGAUGUCCUUCCGUCAGGUGGUGCAAAUCUUGAAGCUGAAGAGGCAGCCCGAACUUAUCUAUGAGUCUGAACCUCAUAGACUCUACUUCCUCGCAUGCACAUGCAUGGCCGUAGUGUUUGCCGUGUAUGGAUGUGUUCUUAUGGAAUUUGCAUGGUUCAAAUCCAAUAAGGAUUUCCAGGAGAACGUGGAGGAGCUCGAUGAUAUCCAUCGCAAAAGACAGCGACUCUUCACGUUUGCCGAGUAUGCCGCUUUGGGUUCUUUGGCGCUUUUCACGGCUUAUCUGUUUGCUACCUUUCCUACCAGAUUGGUGCGUAGAAUGUGGUAUCUCCCUGGACCUGUGGAGCAUGUUAAGUUCUCUUCAUACCCUCUUAUUCCUGGCCGCCCUACGCCUAUCAUCACAUUACCGCUCCAGAACUUGGAGAGAAGACUUAAGGCUAGAGUGUGGACUGGAAAGGGAUUCUACGGCACUGCCGAUAAGUCAUUUUUUUUCUUCGCUUUGAAGGACACCAUCGGCAACAAGACAUGGAUUGUGGACCGCAGAGGCUUUUUCUGGUCUGAUGGUAGAAUCUUCGACUUCUUGUUUGGCAAAGAAUCGAUGUCCGAAGCUGAGGCAGGAAUUCCCUACGAUGAGAAAGUCGGCAUGCUCAACCGCGAGGUGCAGAAGAAAAAGAAGGAGAUGAGAAACAAGUACGGCCGCUUUUACCAGUUCAAGCUUGGCGCCGAGGAGGUGAAGCACGACGCCGAGAUUGCGUCCAGCUACGUGAGUCUGUUGAAGCAGUCGAAGAACCGCAAGGCUUUGCCUAAGGAUGAUGAGAAGGAGAACAACCUGUAA